AUGGUGUCUAAACCUCUCAUCGUCGUAAUUUGCCUUGAUGAAGAAGGCGUCUCGGAAAUCAUCAACGACCGCCUGUACACGGUGCUCGCGAGAAAGGAUGAGGUCCUCAAGGCGACAUCCCUUUCCGAGGCACGCCGUCACCUCACGAGUACCAUACGACCCCAUGCAGUCAUUGUCGCUGAUGACGCCGUGACGUAUCCUAGAAAUCGCGAGGUGCUCUUGCGACUUGUCGAGUAUGCCAAGGCGGGUGGCACUGUCGUCUAUGCCGGGACUUUCAGCUCCUCGGUUCGUCACCAGGAUCUCGACUCCAUGUUCAAGGAUGUAUGGGGCUUGCCAUGGCGGGCAUUCUCUUUUGCCACCACGACUCACACCGUCAAUCCUCGCGUCCAAGGUCUCAAUCCGAACGGCCUCGUCAAGCGGUAUGUGGUCGAUGCGAACCACAUCGAUCACGUUGCGCUUGAGGACGCCGUUUACCUCCCUUCCUCUGUUGUCAAGAAGCUCCGGAAGGGGGGCCACCAGUCAGCUGGCCAGACAUAUCGGACCCCUGCGGCGUUUGCCACUGUCGGCCGCGGUCGCGUCGGAUACAUAGGAGACAUCGAUGGGGACGAUGAUACAACGAGGCUCGUGAUCGCCAUGUGCUUCUGGCCUGGCUCUCGCGCGCCAGUUCCUCCAGGUGACGGCGUCGCUGAAGUGGUGAGUAUCCUAAUGUCCGUGCAGGGCCUAUAA